AUGCCUUCCAGACUUCCGACGGGGCCACCGGGACCCCCAGGACCACCGGGACCACCGGGGCCACCCGAACCCCCCGGGCCGCCGGGAUCGGAUGUUUUCUUCCACAACCGCACCAUCUACAACCCGCCCAAGGGCACGCGGGCCUUGUAUGCGCGCGUUGCCGAGCUGCAUGACGGCACGCUGCUCGUCACGGCGAGCGUCGCGGGGGGAUCCUUCCCUAGCGGCGCCAAGCAGCCUUUCCCCGUGUUCGAGAGCAAGGACGGCGGCGCCAGCUGGACGUGGAUCUCCAACAUCACGGACCAGGUCAACGGCUGGGGCAUGAGCGCGCAGCCGGCCCUGCUGGAGCUGCAGGAGCCGAUGGGCAAAUACAAGCCGGGCACCAUCCUCGCGUCGGGCAACAGCUGGAGCUCCGAGGGCACGCGCAUCGACCUGUACGCCAGCACGGACAGGGCGCGCACCUGGGAGUUCGUCAGCCACAUCGCGGCCGGCGGCGCACCGAACACCACCAACGGCGCCACGCCGGUGUGGGAGCCGUUCCUCUUCGUCUACAACCACGAGCUGAUCGCCUACUACUCCGACCAGCGCGACCCGCUGCACGGGCAGAAGCUCACCCAGCAGCGCAGCGCCAACCUGGUCGACUGGACCCCGCCGGUCACGACCGCCGCGUACGACGAGUACCUCGCGCGGCCGGGGAUGCCGGUGGUGGCGUACAUCGCGCCGCUCAAGAAGUACAUGCUGACGUACGAGCUGCCGAUCGGCAACUCGAGCUCGCACGGCGCGCAGUACCCGGUGACGUACCGGCUGGCGGCGGACCCGCUGUCCUUCGCGGCCGCCGAGCCGCACCCGCUCCUCGUCACGCUCGCCAACGGCACGCAGCUCGCGCCCAACGCGUCGCCCUACGUCGUCUGGUCGCCCGUCGGCGGGCCGCAGGGCACCAUCGUCGUGUCCGACGCCGACCACAGCCCCGUGUACGUUAACAAGCGCGGCGGCGACGAGGACGCGUGGGAGCAGGUCGACGUCGGGCAGCCGGCGGCGUACAGCCGCGCGCUGGGCGUGUUUGGGAAGGGGCUGGAGAAGCUGCUGGUUGUGGGCGGCGAUACCUAUGACGGAAAUGGAUGGGGCGGGGUGAGUCUGGCGGUGGUGCCGGUUGCCGCGCUAGGGGGGAAGGGGGGGCCCGGGCCUGUGAGGGUUUAA